UGGCUUCUUCUUCAUGCUCUGCUUCCUCCUCCUCUGUUUAAAUAUCUCUUCCUUCUUCUUCCUUUUCCUAUCAGUUCUUCUUCCUUUCUGGGUUUUGUUUCAGAGACAAGAACAGGAACAGGAACAGGAACAGCAACAGGAACAGGAAUCUUGUUCGUUUCCAUGUCUUCUGAUCUGUUCAUUCAUGGCGAUUCUUCUUCGUCGUCGUCUCUGUUUCGCUGUUCUUCCUCCGAUUUGGUUUUCCCUUCUGAUGCAGAGCUUCAAUUCUUCUCUGAUCCUUAUUCUCCCAAUUUCUCUGAUUCCGCCAUUGAUGUUCUUAACCCACUCGCCGAGGAAUUCAAUUCCAAUUCCAAUUCCAAUCCCAAUCUCAAUCAAAAUCCCAAUCCUCUGGAUCAGUUCAUACCGAUGCAGGGCUUAUCCCUCUCUCAUGGAAACGAUUUCCCUCUCCUCGCCGAUCCUUCUUCUUCUUCCUCAAAUGGGUUUCAAAAUCUCUCCAAUUUCCAUCUCAAUUCAAACUCCUUCAAUCAACCCCUCUGUUUCGACCCAAUUGAAAAUGCCGCCGCCGCCGCCGACAAAUCUUUCCUCCACAGAAGCUUCAGUGAAAAGCCAGGCUUCCUCGGCGGCCAAUCCCGUCUCGAAUCGCUUCUCAUGGACUCUCCAAAUUUCCCCAAUCAGUCCCUCCCCUGCCCAGAAUCUGACUUUUUCUCCUCGCAAAUCCGACGAGUUUUCAGCGCCGGCGACUUACAGAAUUCCGGCAGGGGGCGAUCGGAGAACGGAAGCUCGUUAAUGGAGGAAGGGAAUUUCAAAGUGGGAAGAUACAGUGCAGAGGAGAGAAAAGAGAGGAUUUCAAAAUACAGAGCAAAACGAACGCAGAGGAAUUACAACAAGACGAUCAAGUAUGCAUGUCGGAAAACGCUAGCCGACAACCGGCCGAGAAUACGUGGCAGAUUUGCACGCAAUGACGAGCCUGGAGAGAUUCCCAAAGCUGCAUGUUCAACCAGGGAAGAAGACGAAGAUGAUUUCUGGAUUGAAGGAAAGGAAUAUGGGGAAGUGUACGGACAGAUGCAGUUUCAGUAUUGUGGAUUUUGAUCAUACUUUGAAGAAGAAGAAGGAGAAUUUUUUUUUUGGUUAUGGUAAAAAAAUGUCAGUAAAAUAAGAAUUAUUGGAGUUUUUUACAGCGUUGAAGGUAGUGGUUAGGGAGGUAAAAAAUAUAUAAAAGAAAUCAAUUUAUG